GAGGCGCGAUAUAAACAGCUGGACUACUGGAUCAUGCUGUAUAAAAUCCUGCUUUGAAACUCAGAACACGUGUUCGUUAUAAGGAAAACCGAGUCGGGUCGUUGUUGGACGUGAAUCCCGUGGCUCCCUGCAGCCGUGCGGUCUUUGGUGAUCGCGCUGCGUGAAUUGGGCGGAUUUUAGGACCCACGGGUGAAUUCCUGUUCGAAUAAUAAAAGUUGUUUGGACCCGUGCGCUUCUGACGUGCGACAAAAGCAGCCGGACUGAGUCAAAGUGCUAUUGGGUCAGCAUCCGGUGCCGCUCCGAUCCACUCGGAGCGCUUUGCUUUGCCGCGGUGCAGCAACAGCGACGGCGGCGGCAGACAGCUCAGUGCAGCGAUCCCUCCCCCGUUUCACCAAUAUAUGUUUACAGACGCAGGGAAAGGAGGAGCGUGGGCUGCUGCGUGUCCGUGUUUUCCGGAAGAGAGGGUGUGAAGCAUGGGACACAUCUCAUGUCAGGGAGCUGAUCCUGCCCCACGCCAAGCACGGAAGCCCGCCUGAUCACCUGCUGCACUGAACGGCCGGCAGCGGACGGAGCUGCGGAGCAUCCUAACGGGACAUCCCUUCGGCGGAGAGCUUAAAGGAGCCCGUUUUGGGUCAGCUGAGGACCACAGGCUGGCCCAGGUCACAUUGAUGCUGGUGGGUGCUCCUUGGUACUCCUGCAUAACGUCCACCCCCACUGGGUGCCAUGGCAAUGAGUAGUGACCCUGGCUGUGAGAGGCUGGACCCCAACUCUUCCAAACAGACGAGCAAUCUCGCCGAUAUCAUGGCCGCCAUGACGACAAAAGACUCGCCUUCCAAUGGUGUAAAGAACGGCAAGGCCCAACAGGAAGGGAGUCAAGGCAAGAGGGUCCAGGUGUUGCGACCUCACCUGUCUGGGAGGAAAAUGUCCCUCCAGGAGAGGGGCACCUAUCUAUCAGCAGGUUCUGAGGGAGGUUAUGAGCACGUUUCCCCUCGUGGGGCUCGCAGGCCCACAGUGGAGUCGAAGCGGGUGUCCAUAUCAGACUCUCAGGAUUGUAUCCGGCUGAACCAGUAUAAACUGAAGAGUGAGAUUGGAAAGGGCUCCUAUGGCGUGGUGAAGCUCGCCUACAAUGAGGAUGACGACAAACAUUAUGCCAUGAAGGUGUUAUCCAAGAAGAGGUUAAUGAAGCAGUGUGGUUUCCCACGUCGCCCUCCCCCAAGGGGACCUAAAGCAGCCCAAGGAGAGCAGCCUAAAGUUUUAGGACCCUUGGAAAGAGUUUACCAAGAGAUUGCCAUCCUCAAAAAACUGGACCAUGUCAACAUUGUCAAACUGGUGGAGGUGCUGGACGAUCCAUCAGAGGACAACCUUUACAUGGUGUUUGAGCUGAUGCGUAAGGGACCAGUGAUGGAGGUGCCCACGGACACUCCUUUCUCAGAGGAGCAAUCACGCCUGUACUUCAGAGACAUCAUCCUGGGCAUUGAAUACUUGCACUACCAGAAGAUCAUCCAUCGGGACAUCAAGCCGUCAAACUUGUUACUAGGAGACGACGGUCAUGUGAAGAUAGCCGACUUUGGAGUGAGUAACCAGUUUGAGGGCAACGAUGCUUUGCUGUCAAGCACUGCAGGCACUCCUGCUUUCAUGGCGCCGGAGACUCUGUCAGAGAAGUGCAAGAGCUUCAGCGGGAAGGCACUGGACGUCUGGGCUAUGGGGAUCACCCUGUACUGCUUCGUGUUUGGCAAGUGCCCGUUUAUCGAUGAGUACAUAUUGGCUUUGCACAAUAAGAUAAAGACCAAGCCUGUGGAUUUCUCAGAAACGGCAAAAAUCGAUGAAGGGCUCCAGACUCUAAUAUUACGGAUGUUGGAUAAGAACCCAGAAACCAGGAUCACCAUUCCCGAGAUCAAGAUGGACGAAUGGGUGACCCAGGGAGGCACGGACCCGCUGCCUUUGGAGGAGGAGCACUGCUCCAUGGUGGAGGUGACGGAGGAGGACAUCCAGAACUCUGUGAAGUUCGUCCCCAGCCUUUCUGCUGUGAUCUUGGUGAAAGCGAUGCUGAGGAAGCGCUCGUUCAGUAACCCCUUUGAGUGCCCGAGCAGGCGAGAGGAGAGAUCCAUGUCUGCACCUGGCAGCCUGCUCAUGGACUCGUGGCCCUUCCGUCCCUCUUUAAAACUGCACCCCUCACGCAGAAAGAGCAGCGCGGGGGAUGGACCCAGAGAAGGAGAGCUGGAAGACCUGCACGAAAACGAGCCUUUCUUUUGAGGUUUAAGGGGGCCCCGAUGGGAAAGGGAGCUUCGUCGCUUCACGCUCUUUUUGCUUAAAACACUGUGCACUCAUGCCUUCAGCCAGCGGCCAGUUCAAAUCAGUGCCACAGUGAAAAGGCUGUUUUGUACAUAAACAAAUCUUUAAAUGCGAAAUAUUGCUCGCGGAUGCUAAAGCUUACUCAGCCGCCAGCUUCUUGUUGGCUUUAAACAAACUCUUUCCUUUCUGCUGUUUUUUCUGGGUUUCUGAGCUCAACAGCUAAGUGAUGAGACUGGUACCAGUGAUUUGGUGAGCGCAAUUUUCUGGGUUGUUACUUGUUCUGUUUAAUGUUGCAGGAAAAGACAAGGUUGUCCGACUGGUUUACACACUGAAGCGAAAGACAAAUUCUUUCCUUUUUAUGUCCGUGCAUGCUGUUUUACAAGUCCUCAUUGCCAGACGCGUGUGAAUCUGUUCAUAACUUUCCUCACUGACUUCAGCAUGUUAAUGACACUGGAUCGUCUCUUCAGUGAACUUACAGGGCUUCUGACUGCUGAUCCUAGAUCAGUCUUUUUUAUAUAUUAAAGGUAUCUUCGGGCUGAUCCUGUAUUACUGUUGCAGCCCUUUCUCUUACCCUGGUGCCAUCUGUGACGUUCACAAAGAAGCAGGAUCAAAAGGUUUCAUGCUGCUUUCAUGGACCUUAGCAGGCAAGCUCUGUGAAAAACACCAAGCAGAAGGGACG